GACGCCAGCCAGACCCGAGCUGUUGGUUCCAUCGGCGGAGUAAAGAUGGCUGACCAAGGCGCCGCAGAUCCUGGUAACAACAACAAUAAUACACCCGAGGCCUCUGAAGGAACUAUUAUUAAGGUUACAGUGAAAACCCCUAAAGACAAAGAAGAAAUCGCCAUCGCAGAAGAUGCCUCUGUCACCCAGUUCAAAGAAGAGAUCUCGAGGCGGUUCAAAGCCAAACAGGACCAGUUGGUUCUGAUUUUUGCAGGGAAGAUCUUGAAGGACGGCGACAGCCUCAGCCAACACGGCAUCAAAGACGGCCUGACAGUUCACCUAGUCAUAAAGACAGCACACAAGGCUGGAGAUGGCGGUAGCACUUCAGCUUCUAGCUCAACCUCCACUCAAGCAGGCAGUGCCUCCACCUCUAGUCCAAGCACCAACCCCCCUUCUACAACAGGCUCCACUGGUUCUGCCCCACCACCCACACAAACGCCAAACAUAUUGACUGGCUUUGGUGACCUGGCUGGUCUGGCUGGACUGGGAAUGGGCUCCUCUAACUUUAUGGAACUGCAGCAGCAAAUGCAGAGGCAGCUCAUGUCCAACCCGGAGAUGCUUUCUCAGAUCAUGGAGAACCCGCUGGUGCAGAACAUGAUGUCCAACCCAGACCUGAUGCGACAGAUGAUCAUGGCUAAUCCUCAGAUGCAGCAGCUGAUGGAACGCAACCCUGAGAUCUCCCACAUGCUCAACAACCCUGAGCUCAUGAGACAGACAAUGGAGCUAGCCAGGAACCCAGCCAUGAUGCAGGAAAUGAUGCGGAACCAGGACCGGGCUCUUAGCAACUUGGAGAGCAUCCCGGGAGGUUACAAUGCUUUGCGGAGGAUGUACACAGACAUCCAGGAACCCAUGUUCAGCGCUGCCAGGGAACAGUUUGGUAGCAACCCGUUUUCAGCUCUUGGUGGAGGCUCUGACUCUGGCGUCCAGCCAUCAAGGACAGAGAACCGGGAGCCCCUGCCUAAUCCAUGGGGGCCACCAAACUCUUCUAACCCCUCUGAGAGUGGAAGUGGUACCACAGGAAGUACUAGCACCACUGGGGGCACCAACCCCACUGUGUCCAACCCUCUCGGCAUCAACCCUGGCAGUCUGGGAAAUGGUAAGGCAGAUCAGGUCACAAAUCCUGAUACAGCACCUUGUUUACGGUGCAUCGCCGUGCUAACAUCUUUUUUUGUUGCAGGCAUGUUCAACAGCCCGGGCAUGCAGAGCCUACUGCAGCAGAUCUCGGAAAACCCUCAGCUGAUGCAGAACAUGCUGUCGGCUCCGUACAUGCGCAGCAUGAUGCAGUCACUGGCUCAAAACCCAGAGUUAGCCUCCCAGGUUUUGAUGAAUAAUCCCUUGUUUGCUGGAAACCCACAGCUGCAGGAACAGUUCAGAUCUCAGCUGCCUAUUUUCCUGCAGCAGAUGCAGAACCCAGAGGCUCUGUCAGUGAUGACCAAUCCCCGCGCCAUGCAAGCUCUAAUGCAGAUUCAACAGGGUCUACAGACACUGCAGACAGAAGCGCCAGGCCUCAUGCCCAGUUUGAUGACAGGUGGAAUUCCUGGCAUACCCACAGGAGGGGGCAUGCCCGCAGAGAACCCUGCCUCCUCGCCCAGCAGCGCUGGAACAAACACCGCCCAGCAGCAGCUGAUGCAACAGAUGCUCCAGAUGUUUGCUGGAGGAGGUGGAGGAGGAAGUGCAACGACCCAGACCCCAGAGGUUCGGUUCCAGUCCCAGCUGGACCAGCUGAACGCCAUGGGCUUCAUCAACCGCGAGGCCAACCUGCAGGCCCUCAUCGCUACUGGAGGAGACAUCAACGCCGCUAUCGAGAGACUGCUGGGCUCACAGCCCUCGUAAAGACAUACAGUACAUACUGAUACACAGACACGCGCAUACAUACGUUCAUACCUAACUUCAUAAACACCCAUCAUCUGCAGAGAACCAAGAGAAAGUUAAGUGUAUUGUCCCAAACUUUACAGAAGAAACUUGGGCAGGAUCUGUAAGACCCUCACUCUACAUCAGAUCAUUCCCUACUCCCCAUAUUUUUUUGGCAUCGAGGCGGACUGAACCACUCUCACCUGGAAGGGUGUUCUGGUGCAGAGAAAAGGAGCAGAAACCUCUCCUGAAAAGGGAUUCCCAACCAUUUUCUUCAUUCGUUGUUUUCUUCACAUAAGGCCGGAGUCAAAGUGUUGCAGUCAAACUUUUAAAUGAUACAGAUUAAACCCGUGUGAUGUGAUCGGCAGUCACCUCUGUUUACUGCACGGCUGCUGCGAGGCAGUUUGUUGGUAUUUAACUGGCGAAGUGAUACAUGAUUUUGUGGUAUACCGAUGGUAGUCCUGAACAUGAGCAGGAAGAUAUCCAUACAGAUGUUCACCCCCACCCACCCACCUCAUUCUUGAGACCCUACAUAAAAAGCUGUUUUUGCCCAACAGCUUUCACUAUUUAUUGCAAGCGCUUAAGGAAAUGACGUCCUCCACACUUCCCUAGUUGUAAUUUGUCAUUCCAGGUGAAAGUGCCCGCUCACAGGUGCACAGUGUCUUCUCCUACUGAGGCACCAUCGCUGUGCCUGCUGUCCUCCACUGCCCAAUAAGAGCAUCGCCAGACGAUAACAUCCUCACUCAGUGGCUUAAUUAGAAACCCCCCCGUCCCCUCCCAAAUUUCACACAGCAUCAUUCAGAUCUUUAACCAUAAUCAAAUAUCACAUUACAGCAGCUCUAAAGCAGGGGGCGCUGUUUGAAUGAAUAUGAAUGAAACAAACAAGCUUUCCUUUUAUUUUAAUCUGAUUAUUCAUUAUAUUUUAUUUUUUCCUUUUUUUUUUGUUUUGUUUUUCGAGGUGCAGUUAGUACCUAGAGAUAAUAAAGAUUUGUCUCUUAUUAAAUAAAUGUGGAAAUCAAAUGAGUAAAAUAAAUUAAUAACUGAAAGGCUUUACAAACAAUUCCAGUAUGGUGGCACCGUACGUUUAUCAAAUCAACUUCUAGGUUGUCUCUCUUUAUUUUAUUUUUUUUUUCUUCUUCCUUUCAAAGAUCUCAGCAUUGUAGUUGUGGUAACCUUGGCAACUGCUUCUAUAGCUUUGCUUUGUCUGUUGACCUCAGCUGGAAAGAAAAAAAAAAAUCCAUCUCCAAAUUGAACAUGUUGGAACUAACUUUUAACAGUACUGUACUAAAAAAUGAAUAAAACAUGGUCAAAAACA